AUGGCGCCUCAGAGGGAGCUGAUACCGACGCAGUGGACGGCAGCUGCCAACGCAGAGGAUGCUUCACCAUCCGUGACCCUGGCCAGUCACCACAAGGACUUGCCAUUCACCUUCUCGUUUGAAACUGUCCGCAGCAAUGUUUUCCGGACGACCUUUACAUCGCCAGAACACCCACUUUCACCUCAUCCCAGCAUCCCACGACCAGAGACCUCCCUCGACGGGAAUGGUCCCCAGGUUACUUCUGGCCUCCAGACCAAGAGCAUCGCGACGGGCGACUUUGAGGCGAAGAUUGACUGGCAGUCCUCGUCCACCCCUGUCGUCUCCGUGUCGCUCCCGGGCCAGGAGAAGCCUCUGCACACCGACAUCCCCCACCGUUCAUACACCGUCGACGGCCAGGGCAUCGCCCAUUACACGCGGUACAACAGAGGCACGCUUCAUGUGGGCCUGGGCGAAAAGGCCGCGCCCAUGAACCUGUCGGGCCGCAAGUUCGAGUUGAACUGCACCGACAGCUUUGGCUACGACGUCUACCGAACGGAUCCCAUGUACAAGAACAUCCCUCUGCUGAUCAACGCCACGCCGCAAGGCUGCGUGGCCAUGUUCUCCACCACCCACUCGAGAGGCAGCUACAGUGUUGGCUCUGAGAUGGAUGGCAUGUGGGGCUUUUACAAAUCCUACAGGCAGGACUAUGGCGGCUUGGAGGAGUAUGUCAUUGUCGGCAAGACCCUCGCGGAGAUUGUCACCACGUACGCUGAGCUGGCUGGGUUUCCCUUGCUGGUGCCGCGAUGGGCUUUUGGAUAUCUCUCUGGGGGCAUGAAGUACUCCAUGCUCGACGACCCGCCCGCCUCCCAGGCUCUUCUCGAGGUUGCACGCAAGCUCAAGGAGCACGACAUCCCAUGCUCCGCGCACCAGCUGUCGUCUGGGUACACCAUUGCCGAACACCACCCCAAGACGCGCAACGUGUUCACCUGGAAUCACCACCGGUUUCCCGAUCCCAAGGGGUUCUUGGAGGAGUACCAUCGGCUGGGCAUUCGCAUCAUUGCCAACAUCAAGCCGUAUGUACUGGCAAGCCAUCCGGAGUACAAGAAGCUGCAGGAGGCCGGCGCCUUGUUCAAGGACCCCCACACUGGCGAGCCAGCGACGACGCGCCUUUGGAGCGCAGGGGGCGGCGAAAGCGGCGAGGGCAGUCACAUUGACUUCACCUCUGAAUAUGGCUUCAAGUGGUGGUACGACGGUGUUCGCGAGCUUUGCCGGGUCGGCAUUGACUGCAUGUGGAACGACAACAAUGAGUACACCGUGACCCACGACGACUGGGAAUGCGCACUGAACGACCCGUCUCUCCACGUGCCGGACGGCGCUGAAAAGCGCCCGCAAGUCGGUUUCUGGGGCCGCUUCGUCCACACCGAACUCCAUGGCAAAGCAUCGCACGAUGCCAUGCGGGACCAUGCGCCGGACAGGAGGCCCUUUGUCCUGACCCGCGCGGCUACGGCUGGCACAAUGCGAUACGCGGCUAGCACGUGGAGUGGCGACAACAUCACCAGCUGGGCUGGUAUGAAGGGCGCCAACGCUCUGUCGCUCAAUGCCGGCAUGGCCCUGAUGCAAUGCUACGGUCACGACAUUGGUGGCUUCGAAGGACCGCAGCCGUCGCCCGAGCUGCUCCUCCGCUGGAUCCAGCUGGGCUGCCACUCGCCGCGCUUUGCCAUCAACUGCUUCAAGACGGGGAGUGACAACAAGGUUGGCGAUGUCAUCGAGCCGUGGAUGUACCCCUCCAUCACCCACCUCGUCCGCAAGGCUAUCAAGCGCCGGUACGCCAUGAUUCCGUACCUGUACUCGCUCAUGUUAAAGAGCCACAAGACGGCCAUCCCGCCACAACGCUGGACCGGCUGGGGAUAUGAGGCGGACCCGGAGAUCUGGACUCCGGAGAUUAUGGACGGCGAGAAGCAGUACUGGCUUGGCGAUGCACUGCUCGUGGGCGGCGUGUACGAGGCCGGGGAGAGCAAGGCGAGGGUCUAUCUGCCCAAGGCGUCGGAAGAGGACAGGUGGGGGUUCCUCAAUCUCAACGCGCCGUACGACCACCUCGCCGCCGGACAGUGGGCGACCAUCGAUGCAGAGUGGCAUGGCGCGGGGAUCCCGCUGCUCGCCAAGGUCGGCAGCGCCAUCCCGACGGGGAGGAGUGUGCAGGUCCUGUCGCCGGGUGAGACGGAGAAUGUGGCCAGCCUGCCCGUGGACGACUACCGUGCUGUGGAGAUCUUCCCGCCGCCCAAGUCGUCCGAGGGCAAAGCGUGGUCGAACACGUGGUAUGAGGAUGACGGCGUGGCGGCGGUGGAAAAGGUCAAGAUUUCGGCGUACACUAUCGGCUACAGCUCCACGGAUGACGAGGUCGAGGUCAAGUUUGACAGGGACGAGUCGUCUGGGUUCGUGGCUCCUUGGAAGACGCUGGUGGUUGUGCUGCCCUCGGGCGAUGAUCGCAUAGUUCGUUCAGGGGCUGCGAAGGUGACGGAUCUCGGUCGUGACGGGCAAGGCAGAAGGAUGUUUGAGCUGUCGUAG